AUGUCAAUCUCUGCACAAAACUCUCUUCAAUCUCAACCUGAGACUCCAAGAAACUCCACCACCCAGAUGAAAAGAACAGAAGAGUCCCAUGAAAGAAAAGAUGAAGAAGAAGAAGAAACCAUGAAGAUUUGGGACUGUGGUAGCCCCUUGUAUGAUUCAUAUGAACUGGUUUCACUUACCCAUCACAUUGAGAAGCAUUUUAUGACCAUACCAUCCCUUGGAGGAUCAAGACAUCUGACAAGCCAAUUUUCCCAGGCAUCAAUGGUGGUUCCGUCGUCCUCGAAAAAGGUCACAGGGUCUUCUGUGGUGGCCUUCUUGGCAGACUUUGUGGAGAAGAAUGUGUGGAAGAGGAGGGAUGGAGAGAGAAAAGACAAGCCCAAGAAGCUGAAAACUGGGGUUUAUAAGAUUUAUAACAGGAUUGGUUCAUGGAGGAAAUAG